UAGCCUUCAGUUUCCGGUUUACGUCAUAUGUUUUCGUUUUUAGCAAGCAAGCUGUGUCUGUAGAGCAGGAAUAAAGAUCGGUUUCGGAGGAUUUCCUACAUUAGUAUAUCUUUUAAGGACGUUGAUCGUGCGCUUAGCAGCAGCAUGUCGUACAUGUUCUCCAGCGAUUCUCUGCAGGCCACACUCCCGCUGCUGCAGGCCUGCAUUGACGGAGAUGUGGCCUACGCUAAGCGCCUGCUGGAGACCGGCUUCGACCCAAACGCUCGUGACUGUCGGGGACGCUCGGGGAUGCACCUGGCUGCGGCGCGCGGGAACGUGGAGAUCUGUCGCUUGCUACACAAGUUCGGGGCGGACCUGCUGGCUACUGACGCUCAGGGGAACACUGCACUGCACAUGUGUGGACACGUGGACACCAUCCAGUUCCUCGUGUCCAACGGACUCAAGAUCGACAUUUGUAAUCAUAACGGAGCGACUCCUCUGGUCCUGGCUAAGAGGCGUGGUGUGAACAGAGACGCUCUUCGUCUGCUGGAAGGACUGGAAGAGCAGGAGGUGAAGGGCUUCAACCGCAGCUCCCAUUCCAGCCUGGAGAAGAUGCACAUAGCAGAUAAUGAGAGUGCCAUGGAGAGUCAUUCGCUCCUCAACCCUCACCUCCACCGCAGUGACGGCGUGUUCUCCAGCUUUCGCACCACAUGGCAGGAGUUCGUGGAGGAUCUCGGCUUCUGGAGGGUCCUGUUCCUCCUGCUCUUCAUCGCCCUGCUCUCACUGGCCAUUGCUUACUACGUCAGCGGAGUCUUGCCUUUUAGUUCGAAUCAGCUGGAACUCGUGCGUUAGGAUUAUAAUCCUGAGCGAUAAUGAACUGACGGCGGUGCAGGAUUUAACUCGACUGAAUCGGUGAAUCAUUUUAAGGAAACGAACCGUUUAUGCUUCUUAAACUCUUGUCAUGUGAAUGACGUUAUAAUGCAUUUUAAUGUCUGUGUAAAUAGUCAAAACUGUUUAGAUGCCUUUUAUUGCUGUCAUGUAAUAUCCUGCACAAAGUCGGUCCUGAACAUUUCAAACCGAACACGUCGUGUAGAAUCCUGACUAAAAUUGAUAAUUAACUCCGAAUGUUAAUGUACACAUGGAGUGAGUUAUACUCAUCAAAUCGAGAAGUCUUAUUCUCACAGAUCCACGUGUUAAUGUAAGCUUCUGGAAAUGAACAUUAACACAGUGUUUGGACCUGAACGCAAUUUACAGCAGAUCUCUCAGAGCAGGUUUCAAAUAGGGAGGGUCCUGUAGUAAUAUUAAUACAUUUUAUUAACAAAACAGCGUCUAAUAAUGCAAACACGAAACGCACAACACAAUGAGAGUCUGUUAGUGAUUAUCUGUUUACCGUACGCUCACUACGCUUUAUACAUUUCUCUAAAUCUAAGGUAACUCAGAAGAUGAUUAUCAAGCUCUUGAUGAAGGUAAAGGAGA